UCAGGGAAUUUCCGCGUACAAGAGUCGACAAAGCCUUGUGAGAGUCCCUGCGUCGAUCUGUGGUACGGGCCGUCCAAUAUCGUGCACGUGGCUUCCCUUUCAGCCCAGUUCCGCCUACAACGCUACUCAAAAUGCCGUUUCCUCAAUGUGCGACCCCAGAUCCAGGCCUCCUCAUCGCAAUCAAGCAUUAUCGGCACUUCAAGCUCCCACUGACGUCCCCAGACUAAGCUUAGCCGCAGGUCCCACACUGCCCCCUGCCGAUGACGUCAAGCCACUGUUGUCAGAAAUCCGACGCCUUACAACAUAUCGCGAAACGCCCCGGCGCCGGGUAAUCAUUGCUAUGCCACUUCCUGCUGCCAUAUGUGUUGCGACCGUACGUCCUGGUAUAUCCGCAGACCGGGUCUACCCUGGAUCAGUGGCAGGCCUGAGCUCCUGGGGCUCAGUUAGAUUUGCUUUUUGAGUAACGGCUCGUCCACCGCUCUUUGCUCCACUCGGUGCAUCAUCACGCGUGCGCAAUAGCCCGCGAAGCGAAGCGACUGCGGAGGCUGGCGAUCUCCUUGUUAGUUUC